GCAAGUCCAAGUGCAAGCACCGCUCUCCGCUCUCCGCCUACACUCCCGCACGCACGCACGCACUAGACCAGAUACUCUCUUGCCUACGCCGCUCUUGCCAAGCUUCCCCACGAGCUCAUUGCCGCCGCAGAACGAGCCGCCAUCAUGAAACUCCUCUACAUCGGCAUCUUCAAGAAUGACACAAAACCCGCGCUCGAGCUGGCGAGCGAGGAAGACCUCAGCUCAUGCAGCUUCUUCGCCAAGCCCACCAUCAGACAAGGCAUAAUCUUCGCAUCGGGCGAAAUCGCGCAAAGAACAGCCCCAAAUAAGCAGAUGGACGUUCUGGAGAAAGGAUGCAUGUUCCACGUCUAUUCCCACGCCGACCCCGUAUGCGGGUUCGUCGUCACCGACGAGGAAUAUCCUCGGCUCGCCGCACACCGUAUCCUCCGAAAGGUCGUCGACGAGUUUGUCUCCAAGUACCCGCGCUCCGCCUACGACGGCUUCACAAAAGAGAGCCCCAAGAUGUCGUUUCCGGAGCUCAAGGACUACAUACAGAGAUACCAAAACCCCGAGAAUGCCGACAGCACUAUGAAGAUUCAGAAGGAGCUCGACGAGACCAAGAUCGUGCUGCACAACACGAUUCAGAGCGUCUUGGAGCGGGGGGAGAAGAUUGACGACCUGGUCCAGAAGAGUGAGGGGCUCAGUGCGCAGAGCAAGAUGUUCUACACCCAGGCUAAAAAGCAGAACUCAUGCUGCAACGUCAUGUGAAGACUGCUUGGCCUUGAUGACUUUCCUAUCUUGUUGGGCGUUGAUACCUGGAUUUCAUAGUUGAGACAAGUCAUUUCUUAUACCCUCUACACAUCAUGUUCCUUGGUCUUUUCGGUUUCUACACUCAUCUAACACAAGAUGCCCUACCGCCUGACACAUUUAGCAAAC